CAAAAAAGUGAAAAUAUACGUCGUGCUGGGCGAUGAUAGCGAUAACGUCCUGUGGUAUGCGGUGAGCAACGGCGUUCUGGUGUCUCGGCGUCGACUCACAAAAAUUCUAUACGGACCUUCCCUUCCUCGCAAUCCACAAUGCCGAAAGCGCCCAAGCAGAAGCGUGCGGGCGCCGGCAGCGGGCCCUACGACCGCAAAGCGUCCAAAGGGUCCAAGGGGGCGGUGGGCAGCACCAACAUCUUCCGCUUCGACAAGGACAUUGGCCAGCACAUCCUCAAGAACCCGGGAAUCAGCGAUGCCAUCGUCGAGAAGGCCUUCCUCAAGCCCACCGAUGUCGUCGUCGAGGUCGGUCCGGGCACCGGAAACAUCACGGUCCGCGCGCUCGAGAAGGUAAAGAAGGUCAUAGCAAUCGAACUCGAUCCCCGAAUGGGUGCCGAAGUCACCAAGCGCGUGCAGGGCACGCCCCUCGCCAAGAAGCUCGAAGUCAUCCUCGGCGACGUCAUCAAGUUGCCCGAGCUGCCCCCCUGCGACGCCCUCAUCUCCAACACGCCCUACCAGAUCAGCAGCCCGCUCGUCUUCAAGAUGCUGUCCAUGCCGAACCCGCCCAGGGUCGCCGUGCUCAUGUUUCAACGAGAAUUCGCCAAGAGACUGGUUGCACGGCCCGGAGAUGCUCUGUAUUCGCGGUUGAGCGUGAACGUGAACUUUUGGGCCACCUGUAAACACAUCAUGAAAGUAGGGAAACAAAACUUCAAGCCGCCACCUAAGGUAGAAAGUGAUGUCGUCAGGAUAGAACCUCUGCUCGGUUCGGCAAGGCCCAAUGUUGCUUUCGAGGAGUUUGACGGCCUGCUCCGUAUCGCAUUCAACCGCAAAAACAAGACAUUACGCGCCGCCUUCGCAAUAAAAGAGGUCCUGGCAAUGUGCGAGAAGAAUUACAAAGUCUACUGCGCCCUCCACAACAUCCCCAUCGACGAGUCCAUCGCCGACAGUUCCACCGCCACCGCAGAUAACGCCGCCGUGAGCGGCAUGGACGUUGAUAUGGCCGAUGAUGACGACAACGACGACGGCAACGACGAUCAAGCCAUGGACCAAGACGAGGACAACCAGGACAACCAGGACGAGGACGACGAGGACGAGGACAUGCCCGCCUUCUUCAAAGAGCUCAAGGAAGCCGAGGCCGCCAAGGAGGCAAGCAAGACGCCCAGCCGGAACCCCAAGUCCAAGGUCGCCAUGGUCGUCCGGGCCAAGGUCGCCAAGGUGCUGGCCGCCACGGGGCUGGCCGACAAGCGGGCCCGCCAGUGCGACCAGAACGAUUUCUUGAAGCUGCUUUUGGCGUUCCAUGAGGAGGGCAUCCAUUUCUCGUGAUGGGGUAACUAGAUAGGCGUAAAUGCAAGGUUGGGCGUUGUCGGCGUUCUGGCGCUGGAAAAUACCUGCUGGGAUGUUCAUAUUCAUCUUGUUCUUUCCAAUUUCGCCUCGCAUAGGGGAUGGUUGAGAGAGAUCGAGGUCUCUUAGCGGGGGGAUAUGACGGCAUGCUGGGAACUCAAAAUUGGGAGCGUCUCAAAACCGCCGCUGCUUGCUCACCCAUUUCACCG